AUGCUUGACGCUCUACACUGUUACCUCAAAUACUUUGCUGUGCUGGGUCUGGUGCCAUGGUCAGAGAAACGUCCACAGCAGCGAUUGCAGAAGAUUUAUACCACAGCUAUAAUGUCAAUUAACAUCGGGAUUGCCUUCUAUAAGGUGGUGUAUUCGCCAAUAAAAGGAGACCUACCAGUAUCAAUGCUUGUCAGUUCCAUCGUCUACAUUUCUCAAAUCCUCACCAUGUCAGUUAUCGAAUUGCAAGUGAUGUGUCAGUAUGAAAGAUACUACGAGUUCUGCCUGCAAUUAAAGACCUUGAACAGACUUUUUCAAAGCGAACUACUGCAACCGAUUCAGGGAUUGCCCAGGGCUCGAUAUAUAAAGUUUAUUGCCCUGGGAAUUCUGAAUAUUGUUUCACUUUUUCCUGGGAUUUAUGUAGUACUACAUUAUGAUUAUAUUGGCUACUAUUGGUACUCCCUUGGCGCUAUCUUGAUCAAUCGUUUUCAGUGCCUUCUCCUGCUGCUCAACGCGGAACUUUUGGGUUACCAUGUGGAACUUUUGGGAUUGCGUCUACUAGCCGUGCUCAAUUGUCGUCAGAUGAGCCUGCAUUCUGUGCUGGAUGUGAAAUGUGAACAGAUGUGCUCCCUGGAGUAUUUGCUAAGCCUUAAGCGCGCCUAUAUGGAGUUGUAUCGACUAUUUGGACAGUUUAACGGAUUGUAUGGCUGGUCUAUUGUCAGUAUUUUUGUAGUCAUGUUUUUGGACAGCAUGAUCAAUAUUUAUUGGACAUUGCUCAUUCUGGCUAAGAUCUAUAGUUUUGUAUUCAACUACAUGACCUCUUCUACUUAUAUACCGCUACUUAUUCUACUCUUUACAUUUUGCCGCUGUGGCGAAUAUUGCAAGAGACAGCAUAUCAUGAUGGGCAGCUAUGUCCGUGGCUUAGCCUGCACUUCCCAGCGUCAACCUGAACUACCUGAACUAACUUCACAGGCGUAUAAUGCAGUUCUGGCCGAGUUUGUCUUGCAGGUGGAACAGGAUGUUUUGAGCAUCAGCGCCGAGGGAUUCAUGAAUAUUGAUUACAGUUUGUUAAUGUCGAUAUUUACAGCUAUGGUCACCUAUCUGAUUGUGCUAAUGCAAUUUAGCUCGUUAUAGAUAUCUGUGACCCUAAAUGCCCAAUUGACCGAUAAACUACUUAUUACAUCGUUUGUACUGCUCUACCAAUGACCUACAUUAGCCCUCGCCCACCUCUUUAUCAAAACAAAGCUUGAUUUUGAUAAGAUUAUGGAACAACCGACCAACAAAAUAGCCGAAAAAUAUAUACAAAAUAUCAAAGUAUUUUGAAAAACUGCAUUGAACCAGUUUAAUUUAUUCAAAGUACAUAAGCACAAUAUAAAAUUGAUAAUUAUUAUUAUUAUUAUCUUGAAUGAACUUGGUAAAAAUCUUUAAGAAACUGGC